AUGGUGGAAGAUGCUGAAACCCAAGUUGGCACCAGCACAAGGACCAAAGGAGGCAGGAAAGGCAAGACAACCCAGGUGCAAGCCAACAAUGACACCACUAACAAGAAUGAGCUGGAGGUUGCCAACAACAAAGCUGACAAAGAAGCUGACUCUGACUCAGAUUUUGACAAUGGCAACAACUGGAGUGUGCAUGUAAAGUCAUUCCUUCAGUCUGUGCCUCAUGCAAUUAAACACCUUGAGGGAGUGUAUGAUAAGAAGCACCUGAAAUGGAGCUGCACCCUCAAUGAUGCUUUGAUCAAUGCUCUCUGCAGAACAAUUGACACUACCAGGGAGCACAAUGUCAACUACCUUGUUCUAGAUGUAAUCAAAGAGUACCUCACCUUUCAUCAAGUAUGGAGAAAGAUUGAAAACAGGCUAAUGAACAAAGCCACCAAGACAUCCCACAGACUUGCACUCAUCUCACAGCUUGGCAACAUAAAGAUGUUCCAUUCAGAUGCAAGGAAGCUAAUCCAAGAGAUCUGGUCCAUUCAGACUGAAAGCAGUCUCCUUGGGAAGCUGUUUGCCAUUAACACAUUGUUCUUGGCUCUGCAGAAAUGCACGAUCCAGCAUCUGGUGUACAAAGAGACAGUUGCCACCAUCCAUCAAAUCGACUUCAAUACCCUUGCCACUGCAUUGAGCAUCUGCCAGACCACCAUAGAGAGCAUCCCUGCACAAAAGGUCAACCCUCGACAGGCCAGCACCAGGCUCACUGGCAACAAUGAUCAAGAUGACCAGACUGGGGAGACCAAAACUGACAACAACAACAUGAACCCAAAGAACACAAGCAGACCAUGA